AUGAUCACUUUGGUUCUCUUUCUCUCAGGCUCAGCCAAAUCCAGUCCAACGACUGUCUUCUGCCGAUCAUGUAAUCAAGAAAUCCGACUUAUCUUUAUCCAUGUGGCGUUAGUGGUGGGAUGCUUACAAGGAACGACGUCUAGUUCAGUGCUAGUGGUAUAUAAGGAGCUUUACACUCCCUUCCGCUCCUUCGAAGUGUCCCAUGGCUUUUCCAAUCGUGCAAUUUUCAUUGGCGCAAUGAUCAACUGGUUCUUAUUUGGGGCGCUUUUUGUGCAAAUAUACAUAUACUAUACCGCAUUCCCCAAAGACCCGCGAUGGGCCAAGAUUGGUGUUGCGGCCGUGCUCUUCCUCGAACUCGUCGAGACGCUUUCAGACGUUCAUGACCUCGGGCGUACCUUUGGCUGGGGUUGGGGGGACAUGGAAUCCCUUGAUGUUGUUGGCUGGGCGUGGUUCUCGGUACCUGUUCUCUCCCCAAUCAUCGCCUCAAUCGGCCAAAGUUUCUUCAGUUACAGAAUCUAUCUCAUCGGCCAGACCAUCUGCAUCCCCAUCCUUAUUUGCUUGACAUCGUUACUUCAACUUGGUGCCGGGCUUUGGAGUGCUGUCAAUAUCUGUUUAGCGGGCCGCUUUUCUCUUCUCCAGUCGCGCAACGACAUGCUUGCAACAACCCUCUGGCUCGCGUCGACCUCGCUUUGCGACCUGAUCAUCGUAUUUGGGAUGGUAUACUAUCUCUCGAAAUCACGACAACGCGAAUUCGGUCGAAUGAACUCGACAAUUUCUCGAAUCAUCUAUCUCACUGUUGAAACCGGAGCUGUGUGCACAAUUGUUGUUCUUGUCGACCUCUACCUCGUCAUCGCCUUCAAGAGCACCAAUAUCCACCUCGCCUUGUGUAUGGAGCUAUCCAAAAUCUACUCCAACAGUAUAUUGCUCAUAUUUAACUCACGCGCGACUAUCAGCCACCAAGCCGCUCCCGACACUAAUCUCUCGAUCCACGUGUCGGGAAUGGAGGCCAGGUCUACAAACACUGCGACUCUCCAAUUCGCAUUGAGAACAAAUACGCGCUCUAGCACGACUAGUGACUUGGAUUUGAACUUGUCGGGAGGACUUGAUGGGGUCAAGGAAUCCAAAAGAAAUAGCUUGGUUGUCUAG